AUGAAGUUGUGGGUCGCUAGAGGACUAGAUUGGGUCCCCACUGUGAUCUCGGGGUGGGGUAAGACGAAAUACCUGCAGAUGACCAACAUUGGCGACCGUGAGAUCAUACUGCCCACCCACACUAUAUUAGGCAUGUGGGUCGAAGGCGAUAUGGUACCGCAAACUCAAGGUUUGGUGACAGUCGGGUCGGGGAAGUACAAGGAAUGGCAAACUCUGGCAUAUGAGGCUACGACGGAUCGAGUGAACGAACUCCCGAAAGAACAGAUCGGACCAUUUGUAGAUCGUCCUACGUAUGCCGCUCCCAAACGCAUCUUGAAACGUCCGUCUGAUGCGUUACAGAACCUGUCUCCGGCGAUCUCCACGGUAACGCCGCAAGCUAACGAUGACGAUUCGCAAAAGGCAGAUGCUGUAGUUGCGAGGGAAGUAACGGUCAGGGGAGCCGAACUAUCGCGGAUGGAGAACGGUCAUGAGAUCGGUACCCAACAUGCAACGAAGGGAGACCGCGACACCGGUCAAGAAGGGCUACGUGACAGAUCGUCUCUACCGAAGGCUGAGCCGACUGACCGACUGUUGAAAUUGGGCCAGCCGGAAGAGACGAAGGAGCCUAAAGAAGAAAUAAUGCUAAAUACUGAAGAAGUCGAGAUUGCAGAAAUACCAGUUUAUCACCACGAGAGCGGAGAUUUGUUUGCGGAAGAUAUCGAGCAGCAUAUGGCCGUACUACCAGAGAUGUCGGCGACUACGGAAGAAGUUACGAUUGAGGACAUUCAGAUCGGUGAUCCCGAUGUGCCUCUCACCACAGAUCAACAACGGCUCAGAUCGCUGAUCUGGAAGAGCCGUCACCUCCUCAUGGGUAAAGGUAAUGCUCUACCACCAGCAGCACGAGGCGCGAUCUGUGAUAUUGAUGUCGGUGGGGCAGCACCGAUAGCGCAAAGAGUGCGUCCGGUCGCACCCAAAUAUCGGGAGAAGCUGUCAGAUCUCAUCAAAGGACUAUUAGCAGCCAAAAUCGUUCAGCCAUCCACGUCACCUUGGGCGUCUCCGAUAGUGGUGAUCAUCAAGAAGAACGGAGUGGAUAUUCGCCUUUGCAUUGAUUAUCGAAGAGUGAACCAGCUGACGCGUCUGAUGGUUUAUCCCAUGCCGUUGAUCAGCGAUCUGUUGGAAGAUCUGGAUAAAGCUCUAUGGUACUGUUCGCUAGACAUGGCUAGUGGAUUCUGGGUCGUCGAAAUGACUGAACGAGCAAAUCUGAUCUCAGCGUUUGUCACACCGUUUGGCUUGUUCGAGUGGCUGCGAAUGCCUUUUGGGCUUAAGAACGCGCCCCAGAUCUACCAAGGUCUGGUGGACAAUGCGUUGUAUGGAUAUCUCAAGAUCGGUCAGAGAUCAGCCUCUGAUGGCCCGAUCGACGUGUUCAAAGAUGGAGAACCUGAGACAGAUCGACGACCGUCUAUACUGGGACGCCGAUCUUACAUUGACGAUAUUCUCAUACCAGCCACGUCAUGGGGAUCUUUGUACACAAAAGUAGAACGGUUGCUGGAGGCAUGUGAUACGUGGAAUCUGUCUAUCAGCCUCACGAAGAGCUUUUGGGGGUGCCGUAAGGUCGAUUAUUUGGGACAUCGAGUGUCGAUGGAUAGUCUGGAGGCUCAGCCCAAGAACCUAGAGUCGUUGGUUAACAUCCCGUUUCCUAGCACGCUACAAGCUAUGCAAUCCUUUCUCGGGAACUUGAACAACUACCGUCGCUUCAUUGAGGAUUUCGCGGUAUAUGCCGCGGUGUUGUAUGAGUUAAGAGAAUCGGAUUUCUUCGAGAUCGGCCGAUCUCAGCUUACAGCAGGAGACGAAUGCUCCAACGAGGGUCUAUGGACGGAAGCCAAGGUUGCUUUCACUAUGCUAAAAGCUAAGAUAGCUACAGCUCCCAUGCUCAAGCAUUUCGACCCAGAUCGGUCCCCCGUAAUCGUGGUCUACGCUAGCAAGUGGGCUGUCUCAGCGGCCCCUGAUACAGGAGUACGAUGGCGUUUAUCAUCCGGUUACGUUUACUAG